CAUCCGUCAUAAUUCUAUUUUUAAUUCCGUCAUUUCUGUCCAACUUUCGAUUUUGUGAAUAGAGUGAAUUUUUGUUUCUACUUACAUAAAAUCUCUUGUUAUUUUAAAAUUACGUUAAUAGUUGAUGAAGCAUAAUCAAGUAUGUCUGUGAAUAUACCGGAGUGCCCAGCAAGUUUAAAGGCAAUUCAGCAUUACCUAAAGACUGCUGCAGAACAUGAUACUAGAGAUCCAGUUGUGGCUUAUUGGUGUAGACUUCAUGCAUUACAAGUGGGACUGAAAAUUGCUAAUAAGAAAACCCCAGAAGAAACGAAAUUAUUGAUGGGAUUGAUGGAUUGGUUAGAAGAAGUUAAGAAAACGAAUCGAGAAAAUGAAGCAAUUACUAAUGAAGUAGCAGCACAAGCCCAUCUUGAAAAUUAUGCAUUGAAGCUCUUUUUGUAUGCUGAUAAACAAGAUAGAGAACAAAAUUAUGGAAAAAAUAUUGUAAAGGCUUUCUACACGGCUGGUAUGAUUUAUGAUGUCCUGACAACAUUUGGUGACCUUACUGAUGAAGCUACCCAAAAUAGAAAGUAUGCCAAGUGGAAGGCUGCUUACAUCCAUAACUGCCUCAAGAAUGGAGAAACACCUGUGCCAGGACCAAUGCAGUCAGAACAGGGGGAUGAAAAUGCUGAACAACCUACAAGUGACGGCUUACCUGCACCUGCACCUGCUCCCACGGAUUUACCUCAAGUACCGGGAUUUACUACUGUGACUCCAGCAACCCCACCAGUGGCCCCAUCUAGCUUCAAUAGUUUUCUGCCUGAUCCCAAUGCUGCAAUGAGAGCAGCUUCCCAACUCCCACCAGUACCAUAUACUCCUGACCCAAACCCUGGUGGUUUUGUCCCUUAUGACCCAUCACAGCAACAACAACAACCAGAACCAACACCUACUAAUUUAUAUGGUGACAAUAGAAUUGCACAGCUGUCCCCAGAUCAAAUUGCUAAAGCUCAGAAAUAUUGUAAAUGGGCAAGUAGUGCACUCAACUACGACGAUAUUAAGACUGCUGUAGGCAAUCUUAAAAAUGCUUUGGAAUUAUUACAAACAGGCCGUGAUCCUGCUUGAAUAGCAGUUCAUAUUGUGAUAUAUACUGUUUGUAUAAAUUGUUUUAUUUUUACUGUUUGCUUUUUCAAGUUAUGUUGGGAGCAAUAUUAAAUGCUAAUUAACGUUAUUAUUAUAUAUACAAUUGAUCAAUAUUUUAUAGGAUUGCACGAAUUAACUGAAUAUAAGGCAGCUUUAAAAUUUAACUUUUUUGAAACCAACUGUCUGAAAUGGAAUACUCAGAUUUCAAAGAAAAAGAGUGUUGUCCCACCUGCUGCCUUACUCUACUUAUCUAUGUUUAAAGCAUUAUUUUCGGAUUUUAAGUUAGUACAAUCAAAUACAAGUUUUUUUAUCUGGAUAAAAGUGCAUUAUGUGCAUUUUAUAUACACAUUUGGGUUUUCUAUAUUUGCUAGUUCUAGUAGUGAUUAUGUGCAAAGAAUUGUUGUUUGCAAGAUAUGAAUCUGUUUAAAAUAAAAUGAUAAGUGAUAAAAAAUAUUAUUAUAGCUUGUUACUGAACAAUGAAACUUAUCCUAUAAUAAUUAAAAUAUAAUUAUAAUUCAUAAAUAUUACAUUUUAUUAAUCUAGUGGACAUCUCACUCACGGUAAGGUUUUAAAUAGAAAGAAAACUGAAGUGAUAGAAAAUCAUUUUUUUACUAGGUGAUCACUAGAUACUCUAUUCGACAUAUGCAGAAUAUAAAAAUAUAAUAUUUGCAGUAUAGUUAAUUGAAAUAGUAGAAGUAUGUUUUUGUCAUGGAAAUUGGAAUACCUACAACACAAAUGUUAGUUACUGUUUUUAUAUCAGAGUGCUAGAAUUAAUAUAUUAGAACAAUAAACUAAAUAAAGUCCAGAUCAUCUCACAAAUUAUAAUACAAUUAGGGAAAUGAUUUGCAUAAUUAUUAUAAAAUGGUAUAUUAAGAGUCAUUUAUUGGUACAAAAUAUUGUAGUACCUAAGCAUUAAAACUGCUUGAUAAUGGUGAUAUAAAAAUAUCACUUUCUCCAUACAUAGAAACAGGUAAAAUAAAACAUAUAAAUAAUA